AUGUCGCAAAACUUUGCUGCUUCCAACGACAACGCUUCCACCGAACUGCUGGCGACCUCCGCGCGAAUCUCUUUCCCCGACGACCUCCCACUUCCCGAGUUCCUGUCUGCUCCAUCCGACAAUCAACUGGAAGCAAACGGUAACGUUAACGUUGACGAGGCUCCUGUGGACGCGUUCGGAAACCUGGAAGAUCUGAUCGUCGAGGAGAGCUCAUCGUCUGCUGAUGCGGCUGCGGCUGCCGCGGGCGGCGCUGAUUGGAUCCUGAACUUGGAUCUGACGGACGAGACAAGCCUGAUUGCCGAGGCCAAUCUGGUUGACGAGUUGACUGCCGUUGAGCUGACUGCAGGGGAUCUGACUGCGACCGAGCUUGCGGCGAACGACGUGGGCCAGAUUGCAGUGAAACCGGACUUUGGGAAGGAGACUCGCGUGAUUCUUGAGAGCAAACUCAGCGAUGCAUGCCUUGGCGAUGCGCUCGGCGAUGCGCUCGGCGAUGCGCUCGGCGAUGCGCUCGGCGAUGCUGGCGACUUCCUUCUCUAUGCGUUCCAUGCUACUGGUGGCGACGUCGAUUUCUCGUCGCUGGACGUCGCAGGCGACGAGUUCCCGGAGUUUCUUGUCGAACCCGCCUUGGGAAACCACGUCGCGUCGCAGCCUGAGGUGACACCUCAGCAAUGCCACGUGGCGAUCCCCCCUCCGCCGCCGGCGCUGCAGCCAAUGCGCAUCUCUCUGCUGCAGUUGCCCCCUGGUCUCGUUCUGCGCCGGUGUGGCGGCAGCGGAACGCAAAUCCCCUCCGCUCCUGCUGCUCUUGUCGCUCCGUCUGCUGCUCCUGUCGCUCCGUCUGCUGCUCCUGGUGCUGCUGUUGCUAUGUCCCAGGAGCGACUGACCCCUGUCGAAGCCCCUCUCGGAAAGCGGAAGCGGGAUCUCGCGUUUUCACCAACAUCAAGCUACGAAUUCCAACAGCAGCAGCAGCAGCCCCAGCAGCAGCCGCAGCAGCAACAGGAGCUGGACCAGGAGCAGCAGCAGCAGCAGCCAUCCAAAGUUAGGCGCGUGGAUCCUCCUUCCCCUGCUUCCGCGGUUUUAGCAGCAAAUGAAGAGCUGGACGUCGACUCGGGAUCAGAAGAGGGGGGUCUUUGGGAGGCUCUGGAGAAGCAGUUGAAACCCGCCACGUCAGAUGAAACGCCGUGUCAGUGCCUGGCGUGUCAGUGCAAGUCAGAGGAGGACCGGAUGUUCCUGCUGACCGGGAAGCGGACGGCGAAAGCUGGUGCUGGUGCUGCUGGGAGUAGAAAACGCCCUGGGUGUGACUCUAUUGAUGUCGACUUCUGCUUGAAGGUGGUGGGAGAAGUGAAGGGAGAGACAGUGGAGGGAGCCAAGCCGAUGGAGCUUGUGUUAGGGGAUGGAGUUCCUCUUGAGUGA